AUGGACGUGCUGUGGCGCGACGAAUACGAGGACGAGGAGGAGGAGCCGGUAGCGGAUGCUGCCCACGACACCUAUGAAGACGAAGGGGGCGAGGCGGUGCAUGAGGUACUGCCGCUCGAGGUCAUGCAGCACAUCGUCAGCAUGCUCGACCCAACCAGCCUCGCUCGUGCCGAAAGCGUGUGCCGAGCGUGGCACUCCGCCUGCGCGUCGCCGUUCGUGUGGGAGACCGUCUUCCGGCGCCACUUCAGCUCCCGCCCCGCCGCCUCUGUGGGCUGGCGUGAGCGCUGUGUGAAGGCGGCCAUCGCGCUUCGUCGCCUGUACUCUCAGUCCUGCACCAGCCACGAACAGCGCCUGAGGGACAUCAUCAAUUGUGGCCACGACCUGGUGCUGCGCGAUCUGCUGGCGACGGAGGGCGCACGGGUGAGCCUUGACCUGCUCAACGGCUGUCAGCCCGUAUCGGUCGACCAAUACGGCAACUCCAGGCACACCAACGACGGCCGCGGGAGGCCGGUCUUUCUGGCGGCCAAUGUGGGCAGCGCCCCCGUGCUCGACAUCCUGGCCCUCGCCGGCGCCGACGUCAAUGUUAUCCACAACGCCGCCACGCCGGUCGGCGUCGCCGCGGCCAAGGGGUUCCUCGACGCCGUCGAGGUACUGCUGCGGCAUGGCGCUGGCGGCGAUGACUUCACGCGGAUCAUCCGAGAGCAGCAAUCAACGACCUACACGCGCAAGGGUGUGCUGCCUCUCUUCUACCAGGCCGCCACCGGCGGACACACCAAGAUCAUGGAAAUACUGCUGGCGAAGGCCGGCGGGCCGGAACGAGCGCGGGAGAUGGUCCGAGCUGCUGACGUCUUUGCCGCCGAGAAUGGAAGUGUGGCCAUGGUGGAGCUCUUGCUCAGACAGGGCGCUGCUACGCUCCACCGGCGCGAGUCGACCGUGCGCCUGCUGGUGGAACGCGGCGCGCAGCUCAUCCAAGCGACGACCCGGGGGCAGAAGUGCGGCGUGGACAUCAAUCUCGCUGGCGCGGGCGGGCGCACCCCGCUCCACAGCGCCCUCCGGUCGGUAACCACGAGCCUGUCAUUCAUCCGCUAUCUCCUCAGCCGCGGCGCCGACGCCAAGGCGAUCGACGAUUCCGGAUUCGGCGCCCUCCACCAUGCGCUCGCACGCGUGCCACCGGAGGAGACGCUGGAGAUCUGUCGAUGCCUGAUCGAAGCUGGAGCCGACGUCCACCAAAAGAACCCUAUCUUGCCCGGCUUCAGUGAUGUGGACAUGGUCACGGACGUUCUAGAUCUGCUUGCCGAACACGGUGUCAACGUUCGAGAUCCGGAGGCUGCGGCCAAGAAUGCCAACUGUAAGCUCCUGGAGGUGUUGCUGGACCGAGGAAUGGAUCCGAACGCGGACGGAGGGCAUCCCAAUGUAUUGCUGCCGCUGCACGCCACGUUGACCUACGGCCACUGGAACUGGGCCGACAAGGUGCCAAAGGCCAUCAAGCUGCUGCUUCAGCGAGGAGCCGAUCUGAAUCGACAUUCGGGACCUCGUCAAGGACCCGCCUUGUUUUUCGUCCAGCAGUUCCGACCCCAAGAUUUCGACCUGUUGAUGGCCCACGGAGCGGACAUCAAUGCAAGGAAUGCCUACGGGGAGACCUUAUUGCAGGUUAUCGUUAGCCACGAGCCAUCGUUCCACGGCCAACUCAGUACCGCCAAGGAGUGGGUCACCACCCUGAUCGCGAGCGUGCUCGCUGAUGAGUGGUUCUCACGGCAGCGCGAACAACAAAACACAGAGGGCGCCGACCCGAAGCAGUGUCGGGUGAUCUUUGAGCCGCGCACACCGCGAGUUCAUCGCGUGGAGUGGGCUGCGUUCCUCCGCUCGGUGGGAAUUGCAACCACGCCGUCGUUCGAUGAGCCCGACCAAGACCAAGAAAACGAAACCGAAAGCGACGCUUGA